CGUCGCGUCCCGUCGCCUUUGCCGUCGCGGUCGCCGCAAGUAAAUCUGUCGUCGAUUUGUUUAUUUAUUAAAAAAAAAAAAUAAACGAAUUUUCUUUUAAAAAUACUACUCGGCAGCCGUCGCCGGUUAGCGAAAAACUCCGGGGUUCUCGACCGGAAGUCGCCCUGUGGCCGGACGAAACGUUUUCGUUCAGGUUAAACAUUACAUUUUUUUUUUUUUGUUUGUGCAAGUGCGUUUUCACGUGUUGCCCGGACCUCGGAUGUACUUGGAAGGAGAUACCGCGCCAGAGGUUCACAAAUAAAGGACUUUGUUAAUACAUAAAAAAUCCACACACGUGAAAAUUUAACAGAUAUGAAACCAAGCGAUCUUUGCACGGCCACGACUUGGUAUUGAAAACAAGACACAAAGCCCAAACCGAACGUUCGUUUGACUUGAAAGAAACGUGAGAUGGUUCUCAGGUGAUGGACGAACGGUCCGCAAUGACACAGCUAUCACGCAAAACGUUCAUCUGUUGGCUGUGCUACUUGCUCACGCUGCAUUUCGCCAGUCCCACCAAAGCCGGAGAAUGUCGCUCAGCGUUGGGAAUGGAAGGCAGCAAAAUUCCAGAUCACAAGAUUACAGCCAGUUCUUCGUACGAAGUCAAAUCGGUGGGACCGCAAAACGCGAGAAUUCGCCAGGAAAAGAACGGCGGCGCGUGGUGUCCCAAAGCCCAGAUCAGCAGUGAAGUCAGAGAGUAUCUGGAAAUAGACUUGGACGCGGAUCACCUGGUCACAUGGACGGAGACCCAAGGCCGGUGGGGUAACGGGCAGGGUCAAGAGUUCACAGAAGCGUUCACCGUAGAAUAUUGGAGACAGUCGAUUGGCAGAUGGGUGGAAUACAAAGACUCCAGAGACAAUAAGGUAUUGCCAGGAAAUGUAAAUACCUAUUUGCCAGUGAAUCAAGAAUUGGAAUUGCCGUUCGUGGCCAGUCGAAUCCGCUUUGUGCCGUUCAGUCAACAUCCAAGGACCGUGUGCAUGAGAGUGGAAAUCUACGGAUGUCCUUGGGAACAGAGCGUAAUCAGCUACAUGGCGCCCAGGGCCGACACCGAGUUCGAAGAUGUCAGCUACGACGGAGACCUAGGAAGGACGUACAUGACUGGCGGUUUAGGCAUGUUAACGGACGGCUUAUACGGAGCCGACGACUUUCUACAAUCCGACUUACAACUUCAUAAGUCGCUCAGUAAAAGAUGGGUCGGAUGGUCGAACGACUCGACUGGUAACAUCUUAGAAAUGGUGUUCGAGUUCAACGGUUUCCGAACGUUCAAAGAAGUCAAAAUACACACCAGCCACAUACCUACAAGAGAUGUAAAGGUGUUUAGUACGGCGUUGAUUUACGUCAGCUUAGACGGGGACAAAUGGCAAGAGUGGCCGAUAAAGCUGAGCACAAAGUCGGAGGCCAUUAAGGACACCGCUGUGAACAUAACCAUCAAUCUGAAGAGCAGGGUGGGGCGGUACAUCAAGAUAUGUCUUUAUUUUUCCGCACGAUGGAUACUCAUCAGCGAAGUAACGUUUGAGACCGAACUGGUAGCGGCCAACAUUACCGAGCAAAUACUGUCGCAGUUUUACAUGCAAAAAGAAACCGGAUACGAACUCCGGCAGAGCGGUGAUUCCACCAGAAAAGAAGUCACAACGGGUCCCAGUCCGGGCAACAGCGCGCAGACUUACGUGGGUCUGGUAACCGGCGCGCUAGCCAUGACCGUCUUACUGGUUGCCGGCGUGGCCGUGGGUUUGGCUCUGAAACGAGGCCGACAAAAGGUCGCUCUACUGCAGUUCAAACAAGCCACACUCGGCGCACCCAAACAACAGUCCAUCAACAUGAAACACCUGAACAUGUCUAAGACAAUGGGUUCAUCGUCUCUGUACGGCCGCACCGUCAUGGUCGGCGGAGGCGGUCAAGUUGGCCACGAGUCCGAAGACAGCGAUAACUCAUCCGUCUACCACGAACCGUACAAACGGUUGCCGUCGGCCAAGAACCACGAUUACGCCCCGAUCACUUUCUUGUUCAAGAAGGAUACUGUAUCCACGUCUCUGACCACCAGCAAGAGUACCGAUUACACGGGUCAGUACAACUUCACUGGCGUUGGUACUUUUGGACAGGACGAGGUCAAAUACUCUUCGCCGUCCAUGUACACGUUGAAUCCACCGCCUCCGCCCAACACAAGACCGCCACCGCUAUUGCAAUCCGAACAGCUCAACAAAUCGCUACCGGCCAACCUGCACAAUUACUACGCCGCCAUCGACAUAAUCAAAACGGAACGCAAAGAGCAGCAUUUCACGCCGGGCAAGUUCACGUGCAUGAAGUUACCGGAAGACAAACAGGACGAGUGCAGUCAGACUUCGCUGUACGAGAUAUCGAGAAACAGACUUCGAGUGAUCGAAAAGCUGGGCGAAGGCAAUUUCGGAAUGAUCCACUUAUGCGAAACGGACGGCAUCCCCGAAUACAACGCCACGUCGACGUUCCACAAGAAACGAGUGAUCGUCAAAUCGUUGCGGCGCGGUUGCGGCGAACAAAACAAGCAAGAGGUCAUGAGAGAAACGAAAUGCUUGUAUACGGUUCGAGAUCCGAAUGUCGCUCGAAUCGUUGGCGUGUGCACUCCAGACGAACCGCUAUGUAUUAUACAGGAAUACUGCGAGUAUGGAGAUUUACCCGCGUUCCUGAAAAUGCAAACGUCUGAAUCAACCGAAGCUCAUCCUACAAUCAAUUAUGGUUGCUUGCUGUAUUUCGCUACUCAAAUAGCGUCAGGCAUGAAACACUUAGAAGGCAAAGGAUUCGUUCACAGGGAUUUGGCUGCAAGAAACUGUUUGGUAGGAAAAAACUAUUCGUUGAAAGUAUCCGACCACGCCAUGUAUUGUAGUCAGUACGAUUCAGAUUAUUAUGUCAGCGACACUAAAUCAAGGUUACCAAUCAGAUGGAUGUCGUGGGAAAGUUUACUUAUGGGUAAAUACACGUCGAAAAGCGACGUUUGGUCGUUCGCCGUCACCCUGUGGGAAAUACUGAUGUUCUGCAGCCAUCAGCCACUGGCGGAGUUGACCAAUGAACAAGUGGUGGAGAACACCAACCACAUGUACUUGAUCAACGGCAAGCACAGGUACGUGGAGCCGCCGGUCAGCUGUCCCCGGGAGAUGUACGAGCUGAUGGCGGAAUGCUGGAAGCGAGACGAUGCGGACCGACCAAAGUUUUCAGAAAUACAUUUGUUCCUUCAACGCAAGAACCUGGGCUACGUACCGGCAAUAUAGGACACGGGGCCAGAGAAGUGAAAAAAAAAAAAAAAAGGUAAUAUUGUUCUCGGGAAACCGUUUUUUCGCCCCCCCCCCUCUCUCUCCCAACAGCCCCCAAAAGUCCCGCAGGAAACGUUUUUGAACGUUAAGACGAGAAAUAAUUGAUGAGAUCGCCGGAGCACCCGGACACCGUUUGUCUCGUAGUCGCCUUACAUGCGCGCCAUACAUUAACAUUUCACGUUUGCACAACGACAGGCAAACUGUUAAAAUAUUUACAGCCACGCGCUCCGCUUCAAAUUGUAUUUCUGGCAAAAUAUUUUUUUAUAUAUUUUAUAGAUGUAUAAGUAUAAAUAUUAUAACGUCCCGCGACUCUCUAUUAUUUUCAAUGCCCUAUAUACACAUACUUCUUCGCCCCUUGCCCUCCUCCCUACCGCGCUAUUUCUCUCUCUCUUUCGAAUUUCAUUUGUAUAUCCUUAAUAAUGUAUUACGCAUAUACGUAGCCAUAAUGUAAAUGCUUUAUGCACUCACAAAAUGUCUUCCAAGUUCAAAUCCAUAUAUUACAGCGCGGCGAAUAAAUUAUAAAUUUGGUGUAUAUACCUACCACCACGCGUUGCGUUUUCGGUCUUACACCCCGAACCGGGAAAACGCGCGGUUCAAAUUAUUUUAUUUUUACGUUAAUUAGAUAAGGCUGUACAUAAUAUUAUAUUGUAUUUUUUUCUCCUUCGCGUUCAAUCCAGAUAUGGUACAUUUUGCGUAUUCGCCAUUGUAUUUUAACGGAGCGUUACAUUCUAAUUGACAUACAAAAAUUACUCAAAUAUUAAGUAUUGUAUUAUCGCACUUGUACAUAAAACGUUUAAAUAUUGUAGUACUCGUGUAUACACUGGUGUAAAAUCAUAUGUAAUUAGUUGUGUGGUGCGUUAUUGUUUCGAAUAACGCACCACGCAACACGAUACACGAAAUAUAAAAAAAAAAUUUUUUUUCCGUUAAUUUCGCACAUGUUGGUUCGAUUACGUUACAAACAUAAUUAUAUUAAGCAUUAUUAACAAUUGAUGUUAUUAUACAUCAACUCACCCCGAUGUCUUUCCAGUGUAGUCGAAAACGAAUAAAGCGCUUCUACCAGACGUAGGCAGCCAAUUCGUAUUGUAAACUAUACUUAAAUUUAAUAUAAGUAUUCGAUUUGUAUUUUAAUUUCCUUUUCUUUCACGUUUAUAACGUAAUCAAUAAUAAACACGACCGUUAAAAUUGAUGCGUUCUUCAUUUAUUAUUGUUUAUUAAAAGCUUUGGCGUUUAAUUAACGAAUUCAAUUAUUUCCCGUUAAAGCCAUUAUCUUUCUGUAUAUUGUAAAUAAUAUUAUUAUAACUACCCAUGUUUUGUUCUUGUUCUGUGAUUUAUUUUCAAUUGAUUUGUUUUCUCAAUUCAAUAUUAUUAUAUUUUUAUCGUAAAAGCUCCAACCCAGAACGGUUGAGCUCGUGUAAAAAUGCAAUAAAUAGUAUUAUUUUAUAACAUAAUUCAACUAUUGUACAGGGCUCGUGCCAACGAUCUUAAUUGCCUACUUAAACAUUGUGCACAGUACACAAGUGUCUAAGUCGUAAUGAUCUUUCGAGCGUUCCCGUAUAAUAUUGUUAUUGUAAAUUCCCACAUUUUGUUUAACGUGCAAUUUAAAAAAAAAACUCAAACGUGUGCCCAGAGUUUUUUUGUUUUAUUUUUUUAGAUGUCAUAGCUAUAUGUUAUCCAUUUGUAUAUUUACGAUAGGUACAGUAUUAAAACACAUUUAUUAUAUAUACCAUAGGUAUCAUGCACAUUUGAUUUUUUUUCAACUUUUAUGCCGUGUGUGAUAUGAUAGAAGUUAAUAAUAUAUUAUAUAUUUGAAAUACGCAUAUCAUCAAUAGUAGGUACCUGUAUAAUAUUAUUAUGUAUAAUAUCCUAAAAACAAAAAAAAACAUAAUAUUCGUAUUCCAUCGAUUGUACAUUCAUUUAUUAUUUUGUUUUGUUUGGUUUGUUUUUUUUUUUUUACAAAAGAAUUUAUUUUGCGCCGCGUUAACGCGACAAAAUCGAAAAAAUGACACCCCUUGAAAAGGGUGCCAUGAAAUGGUGUGUAAAUAAUAUUACUAUAACAUGGAGGGUAUAAUCAAUUGCCUACGUUGCUAAGAGACAAUCAAUCUCUAACACUUUUUGGUCUAUAUAGUAUUUUGUACUUAAAAAAAAAUAUAUAUAUAUAAACAUAAAUUAAAAAAAAAUACAUACCAUACAAUUUAUAGCACAUAUUUCGCGUAUUAGCAGUAUUUGAUCCGAACUAAUGGAAUAUUUGCAUUAAACUGAUUUAGCACAAACACAUAAAUUCAACACAUACAUUUAUCGUCAAACACUUCUCUGUAUUUCCGGAGUGCGUCGUUCCUUUUAGCAAAAUACUAAGUUCAUUUUUUCCAAUCAAUAUUUUUUAAACAAAUAUUAAAAUAAUAUAGUACCAUUUAAUAUGUAUUUAAAA